GGAACACUUGUAGUGCAUGGAUUGGAUAUUCUAGCUGACAAAGGUGGAUCUUUCAGCGGAUUGUUCCAGCUCAUCCAUGUCAGCAGCUCCAGGUUCCUUCUAUUAUGAAGAAAAAGCAGCCUUUCAAGACAGAGAGGUUGGUUAAACCUGACAAUGCUGUCCUUAAGGGACUACCCCAACAGGUGAAGGCCAGUAUGGAGGACAUGCUUGGAGCGGACACUGGAACUUGGGAUUGCCAUCUGAUCCAUCACCUGUCCAAAAUAAGAGAGGACCAUAAGAAAGAUGAGGAGGAACUUAAGACCCUGCAGACCCAAUUGCUAAAAAUGCAGUUAGCCAAAGCAAAGCAGAAAGCAGGAGAAAAGAAGAAAGACAACAAAACUCCCAAAAUAAUGUAUGAAGGUGCGGUUUCUCAGGGCCCCCAGACUCCUCCCUUUCCUGGCCAUCAGGACACGAUUGCACCGAGGUCUGCAACCUCUGGUCCUUAUCAUGCCCAACCAGGCCGGUUCAGGGGCAGGGGCGGGCCAAGGGGCCGUGGAUUCCGUGGAGGACCACCAAGGCGAUGGGGGGGUGCUGACGUUUGCUACUACUGUGAGGAGCAGGGUCAUUGGAGCCGAGAAUGUCCAUACAACCUUGAGGCAUAUGGGCGUGGGUUUGGACCCAGAGGAGGUCCAGGGCGACGCCCGUAUCGAGAAUGGGUGGUCCACCACGUGGAGGUCCACAGCAUCAACCUUCAAUUCAGCUGCCAGCCUGGGAUGAACCCAGCUUUGGGCCAGACCACUACUGAGGGCCCCCACAGAACCCCCCGGACAGAGGGACUGAGGACCCCUUACUGUCCGUGACAGUGUAUGGACAAACUCUUCCUUUUUUGGUGGACACUGGGGCCACAUGUUCAACUAUUCAACAAGCCCCUCCUACCACCCUCUCUACAAGGACUACCACUGUCAUGGGGUUUUCUGGGGCUAAACAGGUCCUGCCUUACACCAAGCCCCUAAAAACCGAGAUAGGGAGACAGACUUUAAACCACAGCUAUUUGGUGUCAGCGGACACCCUGUCAACUUAUUGGGCAGAGACAUGUUGAUUAAAAUGGGAGCCACCAUUUUAUGUGGACCUGAUGGACUGUCUGUGCAUCUGCCCAAUGGGACUCAACUAGCCUGUGGCAACAAUUCCCGCCUCUCUCACGGACAGUAGCUCAUACAACCCCUGGCUGACCCUAUGGCUGACAUAUAUUGGGUCCUCCUGCAUCCAGAAACCACAGCGGGCGGAGGCAUCCUCUCGUCUUUCCUUCGGUGGAAAUCCUGGAUCUCGACCCUGGCGCCCUAUGUCUCUCCCCCUGACCCGCCACAUGUCACCCUCUUCUAUGACAGGAAUAACUGUGAGUGUUAUCAGGAAAGCUUUGCUGAGGAGCUGGAGGGGACUUCCUGGGAGAUCGCCACCGCAGACAUUUAUGUAGCCCCUGAAGGUGUCGUAGCCUUGACCACAGCAGCGCUGGAAGAAGCACAUGGACCGGGACAUGCAGGAACUGCACAAAUGAUGAAGAGUCUUGAGCACUGGUGGCAUCCAUACCUGAAACAGACGGUAGGUCAUUGGAUAAGCUCGU